GGUACAAACCUCCGCCUCGAGCUCCUACUCUCUCUAAAAGUCGUUGGCCGAUCCGUACGACCGUCUCGGUUUUCAGUCUCUCCUCGUACAUCAUAGCAACCAUGGGCAAUCUCACCGCCAUUGACUACACCCGCGGUAACCUCCGCAUCCUCGACCAGCUCGCUCUUCCCCACGUCACCACCUACGUCGACGUCAAGACUGUCCAGGACGGCUUCGACGCAAUCAAAUCUAUGACUGUUCGCGGUGCGCCAGCAAUUGCUAUCGUCGCUGCCCUCGCGCUUGCUGUUGACCUUAACACCAGACAUACUGCAGAGUCCUUCAAGUCAGAGGAUGAGGCAAAGACGUUCAUCGUUGAGAGCUUGAAGCAUUUGUACAAGAGUCGGCCUACGGCCGUCAACCUCGGUGACGCGGUCAACAAGUUGACGAAGGUUGUGGAGGGAGCCAAGGAGAAUGUCGUGGCUGCAUACCUCGAGGCCGCGGAGGCGAUGUUGGUUGCGGAUGUCGCUGAUAACCGCGCGAUUGGUGAGCACGGAAAGAACUGGUUGUUGGCACAACAGGAGGAUUCGGCGACGCCUGUGUCAGUUUUGACUCAUUGCAACACCGGUUCGUUGGCGACUGCGUCGUAUGGUACUGCAUUAGGUAUUAUCCGCUCUCUGCACGCUGACGGAAAGCUGAAACAUGCCUUCAACACUGAGACGAGACCAUACAACCAGGGAUCUCGACUUACCCAGUACGAACUUAUCACCGAAAACAUCCCUUCGACCCUCAUGACCGACUCUAUGGCUGCGGCGUUGAUGCGCACGCGUGGAAAGGACGAGAACUUGCGUGCGGUUAUUGUCGGUGCUGACAGAGUCGCCGCAAACGGUGAUACCGCGAACAAGAUCGGUACAUACGGUCUUGCUGUCCUCGCACGUACCCACGGUAUCAAGUUCAUCGUCGCCGCCCCCGCAACCUCGAUUGACCUCAACUGCCCAUCCGGUGACCACAUCCCCAUCGAGCAGCGUCCCGAGUCUGAGAUUUUGACGGUGAGGGGACCGGUUGUGGAGGGUGGUGAGGUAAAGGCGGAGAGGGUCGAGACCGUCAGUUUGGCGGCGCCGGGAGCGAGAGCAUGGAACCCCAGUUUCGAUGUUACGCCGGCGGAGUGGGUUGAUGCUGUUGUUACUGAGCGGGGAGUGUGCGAGAAGGGUCCGGAUGGAAAGUUCGAUCUGACGAAGUUCUUGGCGGAGAACUAGGUCGUGGUGCAGGUU